AUGGAAGUACAACCAGAAUCUGCUAAAAGUGCAACUGGAAACUUACCAUUGUACGCAAAAUUUACAUGUGAUGUGCAGUUAAAAGACACAAUUAGAACACUUACGUGCUUUGUUACAAUAAUCGAUUUGAAUGUAUUCGGAUUGGACUGGAUAACUGCUUUUCGACUUAGCGAUAUGACGCUUAAUGCUAUUUGCAGCCAAAUUUCAACAACAAAACAGGCAAGUAAUGUUUCCAUAAAGUCUUCAAAUUGCAAAUUUCUUCCGGAAAAAUUAUUUCCAGAACUUUUCGAUAAUGCUAUGGGUCUUUGUAAUAAAACUAAGGCACAUUUAAUUAUUAAACCAAACUGUCAACCUGUUUUUCGAUCUAAGCGCCCGGUAGCAUACGCAGUUCAACAUUUGGUUGAAGAAGAAAUUAAGCGACUUCAAGAUCUUGACAUUAUCGCACCCAUCAAUUACUCUGACUGGGCCGCACCAAUAGUAGUUAUCAAAAGGCCAAAUGAUAGCAUUCGUAUUUGCGCUGAUUUUUCAACUGGUCUUAACGACGCGCUUGAAUCUUACAACAUCGCGUAG